AUGUUGAGGAGAGUCACGGUUGCUGCAGUUUGUACCGCUAAGAAGUUCUGGGGUGAGGCCGGGCGGGAGUUCGCGGCGCUGUGGAGAAUCGAAGCACGGGGUCGGUGCGAAGACUCUGCUGCCUCCAGACCCUCUUCUCCUCCGACCAUGCCUGGAAGGAACAAGGCGAAGUCUGCCUGCAGCUGUCCUGACCUGCAGCCCACUGGACAGGAUUUGGGCGAGAGCGGCCGGGUUCCGCGCUUAGGAGCCGAUGAGUCGGAGGAGGAGGGACGGAGGGGGUCUGUCAGUAAUGCCGGAGACCCUGAGAUCGUCAAGUCCCCCAGCGACCCCAAGCAAUACCGAUACAUCAAAUUACAGAAUGGCUUGCAGGCACUUUUGAUUUCAGACCUAAGUAACAUAGAAGGUAAAACAGGAGAUGCAACAGAUGAUGAAGAAGAAGAGGGAGAAGGAGAAGAAGAAGAAGAAGAUGAUGAUGAUGAUGAAGAUGAUGAUGAAGAUGAUGACGAAGAUGAAGAUUCUGGAGCUGAAAUAGAAGAUGAUGAUGAAGAAGGUUUUGAUGAUGAAGAUGAGUUUGAUGAUAACGAUGAACACGAUGAUGAUGAUCUUGUUACUGAGGAUAAUGAAUUGGAAGAGUUAGAAGAAAGGGCAGAAGUUAGAAAAAAAACCACUGAAAAACAGCAAUCGCAGAGCCUGUUUUUGCUGUGGUCAAAGCUGACUGAUAUACUGUGGUUUAAGUCAACUUACACAAAAAUGUCUUCAACCCAGCUGGUCGAGACAAGAAAACUUAAUGGGGUAGUUGGAGCUGAAAGCAGGUCUGCACCUGUUCAGCAUUUGGCAGGAUGGCAAGAGGAGGAGCAGCAGGGUGAAACUGACACAGUUCUGUCUGCUGCGGCUCUUUGUGUUGGAGUUGGGAGUUUCGCAGAUCCAGAUGACCUGCCUGGUCUGGCACACUUUUUGGAGCACAUGGUAUUCAUGGGUAGUUUGAAAUACCCAGAUGAAAAUGGGUUUGAUGCCUUCCUGAAGAAACAUGGGGGUAGCGACAAUGCCUCAACUGAUUGUGAACGAACAGUCUUUCAAUUUGAUGUCCAGAGAAAAUACUUCAAGGAAGCCCUGGAUAGGUGGGCCCAGUUCUUCAUCCAUCCACUAAUGAUCAGAGAUGCCAUUGAUCGUGAAGUUGAAGCUGUUGAUAGUGAAUAUCAACUUGCAAGACCUUCUGAUGCAAACAGAAAAGAAAUGCUAUUUGGAAGCCUUGCUAGACCUGGACAUCCUAUGGGGAAAUUUUUUUGGGGAAAUGCUGAGACUCUCAAACAUGAGCCAAAACGGAACAAUAUUGAUACGCAUGCUAGACUGAGAGAAUUCUGGAUGCGCUACUACUCUGCUCAUUAUAUGACUUUAGUGGUUCAAUCAAAAGAAACCCUGGAUACUUUGGAAAAGUGGGUGACUGAAAUCUUCUCUCAGAUACCAAACAAUGGGUUAUCCAAACCAAAUUUUGGCCAUUUAACGGAUCCAUUUGACACACCAGCAUUUAACAAACUUUAUAGAGUGGUUCCAAUCAGAAAAAUUCAUGCUCUGACGAUCACAUGGGCACUUCCUCCUCAGCAACAACAUUACCGGGUGAAGCCACUUCAUUAUAUCUCUUGGCUGGUUGGGCAUGAAGGCAAAGGCAGCAUUCUUUCUUACCUUAGAAAAAAAUGCUGGGCUCUUGCACUGUUUGGUGGAAAUGGUGAGACAGGAUUUGAGCAAAAUUCUACCUAUUCAGUGUUCAGCAUUUCUAUAACAUUGACUGAUGAAGGUUAUGAACACUUCUAUGAGGUUGCUCAUACUGUCUUCCAGUAUUUAAAAAUGCUACAGAAACUAGGCCCAGAAAAAAGAAUUUUUGAAGAGAUUCAGAAAAUUGAGGAUAAUGAAUUUCAUUACCAAGAGCAGACAGAUCCAGUUGAGUAUGUGGAAAAUAUGUGUGAAAACAUGCAGCUGUAUCCACUGCAGGACUUUCUUACUGGAGAUCAGCUUCUUUUUGAAUACAAUCCGGAAGUCAUUGCCGAAGCACUUAAUCAGCUAGUUCCUCAAAAAGCAAAUCUUGUUCUUUUGUCUGGUGCUAAUGAGGGAAAAUGUGAUCUCAAGGAGAAGUGGUUUGGGACUCAGUAUAGUAUGCAAGAUAUUGAAAACUCUUGGGCUGAACUAUGGAAUAGUAAUUUCGAAUUAAACCCAGAUCUUCAUCUUCCAGCUGAAAACAAAUACAUAGCCACGGACUUUACAUUGAAGGCUUUUGAUUGCCCUGAGACAGAAUACCCUGUUAAGAUUGUGAACACUGCCCAAGGUUGCCUGUGGUAUAAAAAAGACAACAAAUUCAAAAUCCCCAAAGCAUAUAUACGUUUUCAUCUGAUCUCACCUUUGAUACAGAAGUCUGCUGCAAAUGUGGUCCUCUUUGAUAUCUUUGUUAACAUCCUUACCCAUAACCUUGCGGAACCAGCUUAUGAAGCAGAUGUAGCACAGUUGGAGUAUAAACUGGUAGCUGGAGAACAUGGUUUAAUUAUUCGAGUAAAAGGAUUCAAUCACAAACUCCCUGUAAGUGACUACUUAAACCAAGAUGUGCGACUUUUAAUCCUGGAAUAUUCCCGUUGGUCUAUGAUUGACAAGUACCGGGCUUUGAUGGAUGGCCUUUCCCUUGAGUCUCUGCUGAGCUUCGUCAAAGAGUUCAAGUCCCAGUUCUUUGUUGAGGGUCUGGUACAAGGGAAUGUUACAAGUACAGAGUCUACGAAUUUCCUGAAAUAUGUUGUUGACAAACUGAACUUCAUCCCCUUGGAACGGGAGUUGCCUGUGCAGUUCCAGGUAGUAGAGCUGCCCAGUGGCCACCACCUAUGCAAAGUGAGAGCCCUGAACAAGGGUGAUGCCAACUCUGAAGUCACUGUGUACUACCAGUCAGGUGCCAGGAGUCUGAGAGAAUACACCCUUAUGGAGCUGCUUGUGAUGCACAUGGAAGAGCCUUGUUUUGACUUCCUUCGAACCAAGCAGACCCUUGGGUACCAUGUCUACCCAACCUGUAGGAACACAUCUGGGAUUCUAGGGUUCUCUGUCACCGUGGGGACCCAAGCAACCAAAUACAACUCUGAGGUUGUUGAUAAGAAGAUAGAAGAGUUUCUUUCUAGCUUUGAGGAGAAGAUUGAGAACCUCACUGAAGAAGCAUUUAACACCCAGGUCACAGCUCUGAUCAAGCUGAAAGAGUGCGAGGACACCCACCUUGGGGAGGAAGUGGAUAGGAACUGGAAUGAAGUGGUGACACAGCAGUAUCUCUUUGACCGCCUUGCCCAUGAGAUUGAAGCACUGAAGUCAUUUUCAAAAUCAGACCUAGUUAACUGGUUCAAGACUCACAGAGGACCAGGAAGUAAAAUGCUUAGCGUUCAUGUUGUUGGGUAUGGGAAGUACGAGCUGGAAGAUGACAACACCCCUUCUGGUGAGGAUUCAAACUCUUCUUAUGGUGAAGUGAUGCAGCUCACCUACCUGCCAACCUCUCCUGUGCUGACAGAUUCUACCAUCCCCAUUAAUGACAUCAGGGCUUUCACAUCAAGACUUAACCUUCUCCCCUACCACAAAAUAGUCAAAUAA